AUGUCGUCAACAGAUAAUCGUAAUAAAAAUUAUACAUUUGAGAUUAAAUUUGGUCCCUAUCAUCAAAAGGUAACCAUUACUAUGAAUCCAUUUAGUUUAACAAUGAAUACAUUACGUGAAGUUGCUAUAAGAUUUAUUGAAACAAUGUGUCCUGAUCAGGAUAUAAAACUUUUACAUAAUAGAAUAUUAUUAUUUCGAUAUGAACCAUCAUCAUACUCAAUGAUAAUACCACUCAAUCCAAGAGAUAUUCUUGUUCCGGAUACAAUUGUUGAAGUAGUUAUAUCACCCUACAUCAUGAGUGAAUAUAGUGGCCUUGUUCCGCAUCUGUUAAGUUUGCAUACUUAUUUAUCACCAACAUUUUGUGAUUUAUGUGGACAAUUUUUAUUUGGUCUUUAUAAACAAGGAAUGAAAUGUGAAGGAUGUGGUCGUAAUUUUCAUAAACGAUGUGUAUCAGAUCUGCCAAAUAAUUGUUCGCCUAUGGCAAGAAAAAUAUCUGAUAUGCAAUGUUCACAUGAUAAUAAUGCUUCGAAUGACUUAGAAAAGCGUUUAACAUUAACCGGUACAGAAUUACCAACAGCAUUGCCACAUUGUUUUUAUGUACACAGUUAUCGUUCACCAACAAAAUGUCAUAUUUGUAAACGUCUAUUAAAAGGUCUUGUUAAACAAGGUUACAGGUGUAAAGAUUGUAAAAUGAGUGUACAUAAAAAAUGUAUACCGAAAGCAAUGAAAAAUUGUCGUGGCAUGUCAAUACUGAAUAGUAAUCAGGAUGACGAUGAUGCAUUACGCGAAACAACUGAUGAUUUAGCUGUAGCUAGAAAAUCAUCAGAUUUAUCUGCUUCUCCAUUAAAUUCUCCUCAAGAUGAAAAUGAUGAUAAUGAAAAUUCUCGACAUGGAAAUAUUCGUGCUCAACGUCUUAUUCAAAGUAUUAGACGUACAAAAAAGGCUAAUGGUGGUGCGUUGUUUUGGGAAGGUUGGAUGAUAUACACAACAGAUAAAGAUUUAUUAAUAGAAAAAAAAUAUUAUUGGCGUGUUGAUGCAUCAUGUAUAACAAUGUAUCAAAAUGAAACAACAAAUAAAUUUUCUCGUGAAAUUCUAUUAGAACAUGUUUCAUUACAAUUAAAUAUAGAUGAUGAUAAAGGACAUUAUUUUGAAAUAAGAACUGAACAAAAAAUUUAUUAUUGUGGAUGCAAACGAACAAGAAAUCGAAAUUAUGAUUUAGUACACUCAGCACAAAAUGCAAGAAAUGCUUAUACACAAAUUAGACAAGCAUUAUUAGCUUAUAAUAAUGAUGGUAGUGAAAUAAAAAAUAUAUUUACAAUAAUUUCAUCACGAUCACAAAAUCGUGAUAUUAAUGAAUUAUAUAAAAUAAAUCCAAUUGAAGUACUUGGUAGUGGACAAUUUGGAACAGUUUAUGGAGGUUAUUCAAUAGAAACAAAUGAUCAAGUUGCAAUUAAAGUUAUUGAUAAAACACGUUUUAAUGAGCAAGAAGAAAAAAUUCAUCGUGAAGUUGAUAUUUUACAAGAAGUAUCACAUCCAGGUGUGAUUAAAUUACACGCUAUGUUUGAUACUCCUGGAAAGUUUUAUUUGGUUAUGGAAAAAUUAAAUUCAGAUAUGCUUGAAAUGAUUUUAUCUCAGCCAACAAAACGUCUUAAUGAACGACAAACAAAAUUCUUAAUUUAUCAAGUUCUUGUUGCCUUGAGAUAUUUACAUAGCAAAUCAAUUGUACAUUGUGAUUUAAAACCAGAAAAUAUUCUUUUGGCUCAAGCACAAGAUUUUCCGCAAACAAAAUUAUGUGAUUUUGGUUUUGCAAGAAUUAUUGGAGAAAAAUCAUUUCGACGAUCGAUUGUUGGCACACCUGCUUAUUUACCUCCAGAAGCAUUAAAACCUGAAAUUCGCUUAGAAAAAGGUUAUAAUCGUUCAUUAGAUAUGUGGUCAUGUGGUGUCAUUAUUUAUGUUUCAUUAAGUGGUACUUUUCCAUUUAAUGAAGACGAAGAAAUCGAAGAUCAAAUUCGCAAUGCCAAUUUUAUGUUUCCAACAAAUCCAUGGAACGAUAUAUCAAAUGACGCUUUACGUUUUCUUGAAAGUUUAUUAGCAUUGGAUAGUAGAAAACGAUUACAUAUUAAUAAAGUUUUUUUACAACCAUGGCUUCAGGAUUAUCAAUUAUAUUGUGAUUUACGUAAACUUGAAGAUUCAUGUGCUAGCGAUCGUUGGUUAACAAUCCCUGAAGAUGAUGAUCGAUGGGAAAAAUAUGCAAAAGAGAAUGGUUUUAUUAAAUAA